AUGCCCAAGUCACCCUUCUCGCCGGGCUCAAGCCGUACCGCAUUCUCAUCCGUUGGUCGCAUGCCUGUCAUUGCCGAAGACGACUCACUUCCCGCCGUCACACCCCCAAACAUGGCUGCCCUCCCUCCACCAACGCCAUGCCGCAGCACGAAACCGAAAUACUACGGCCGCUCGCCAGUACCACGAGCUAUCAACUCACAUCCGUCCUAUCCUCCCCCGGCCUACUCUCGCAGCUCGUCUCGCGACAGUACUCUAAGCACUCUGAGCACGCGCAGCCUACGCAGCGCAGGCAGCUAUGGCAGCCGUCCGAGCUCGGGCACAUCCACACCCAGGCUUUCUCCCAGGAAUUCUCUCAAGGACAAGUCUCAGCUCCUUCCCAUCACUACGCCUGUAGGGCCAUCGUCGGCUGCGGAGAAGGCCAAGACGGGGCCCUGGAUCGCUCGCCGCGGCAACAGAUACCGCAUGAUAGUUGCCCUUAUCCUUGGAAUUGGUCUGAUUGUCGGUCUGUCGGUCGGUCUGACUGUUGGAAUGCGCAGCUCAUCCCCUUCAACAACGCCAGAUACCACCACCAACUCAACCACCCUAUUUCCAUCUGGCUCAUUCGCCUUCAAUACGGCUCUGUUAGAGUCCAACACUGGAUGCACCGCCAACCCAUCGACGUGGCGCUGCUACCCAUACCAAAACUACUCACAAUCCGCAAACGACUCUCUCGCAUCCUUUUUCUGGACAAUCUCCCCGAAGAAUUCCUACACCUACCAGGUCUCGUCCUCCUCCAACCCUUUCGCUCCGCAGUUCACAAACCAGACAAUGGUACUGCUCGAAGGAAACACACUCAACGAGCGUCUCGUCUUCAACUUUUCCCUUCCCAAGACCGUGGUUCCGUCCGAGGCAAUCACCGAAGACGGACGCGCUGCGACCUGCACUUUCUCCGAUACGGCCUUCCGCGCAACUCUCUGGACGAGACGCAACACGACUACGCCGCUCGGGACUGUUGCGUCUGGGGUCAACGCGACUAGCACUGACGGAAACGUCAAGUGGGGACCGUGGCCCGGCCAGGUAGAGAUCGUGCAGGUCAAGAAAGGGGGUCCGGAGUGCCAGGAUAAAGCUGGCAACGCUGUCACCAUUGCGGCGGGGAGGGAGCAGUGUAAGUGCAGAUACGCCAACUACGACUUGACUUCGCAGCAGAAGACGAGGAGAGAUUGGCAGGCAUAA